UCCCUCCCGCCGAUCUCGAAAACUUCCAGCGCACUCCGGGCAAAGGAGCAUGCACGGCGGGCGGAGACGCAGCUCGAAAGCCCAGGCCCCUGGUCCCACGCCGGAUCUCCGCAGCUCUUUGCCAUGAAGCACUGGCUCCAGCACUUUCAGGAUCAGAGUGACUGGCGCAAAGCUAACUACAUGUAUAAAGUGUGGCAAAGAGCCCUGGGAGACGGCUAAAACACAGUCAUGUCUUCAGUUUGGCACACCAUUUCAGCUCUUCAUGUGAACUACAAGAAACUGAUAUGCCUCUUCGUCAUUGCCGUAAGUGUAUGCCGCAGUGCCUCUGCGAUGUGUCCUGCCGCUUGCAUUUGUGCCAGCGACAUUGUAAGCUGCACCAGCAAGAACCUCUCGAGAGUGCCCACAACACUCUUCAAGCACACAAAAAGAUUGGACCUCAGUCACAACCGAAUUGGGAUUUUGGAUCACGACUGGAUGCCAGUGUUGCUUGAUAGACUGGCCACCCUCAUCGUCAGCCAUAAUGGCAUCACGAGUAUCUCCACAGGAAGCUUUUCCGCGACUCCAAAUAUCAAGUACCUCGACUUGUCGUCCAACAGCUUGAGGUCGCUUGGCAGUCCUGUCUUCCAGGAACUGAGAGUUCUGGAGAUUUUGUUGCUGUAUAACAAUCACAUUGCCCAUAUCGAUUCUGCUGCUUUUGGAGGGAUACACAAAUUGCAGAAGCUCUACUUGAGUUACAAUUCUCUCUCCCAGUUCCCGAUCGACUUGUACAUUGGGAAACGUAAACUCUCCGAACUUGUGCUAUUAGACAUUUCUUACAACCAAAUCCAGUCGAUACCCAUUCACUACAUGAGCUUAGUGCCGGCCAGACAUCUUAGUGGGAUUUAUCUUCAUGGGAACCCCUUUUACUGUGACUGCACACUUUACUCCAUGCUAAGCUUCUGGUAUCUUAGACACUUCAGCUCGGUGGAGGAUUUCAAGGCUGAAUACACAUGUGUGUUGCGGUCAAGCUCCAAUAUGAAUAAACUGCCCUUGUUGCAUGACAACUACUUGAAUUGCUCAGAAAGCACCAUCAAUGGCUCUUUCCAUGCAUUUGGCUUUAUUCAGGAAGCUCAACUUGGGGAGAGGCUGAUCGUACCUUGUGACACUAAAAUCAGCGACGCAGGCACCCACUUCAUUUGGAUCAGCCCAGACAAUCAGUUUUUGGAGCCCAGCAAACAUAUUGAACACUUCAGAGUAUUUCUCAAUGGGAGUCUAGAAAUCGACGAGGUCCAAUAUGAGGAUGCCGGACUUUAUUCCUGCAUUGCAAUAAACAGGAAAAGACUGUUGAAUGAGACCAUCGAGGUGAGGAUCAAUGUGAGCAAUGUCACCGUGGACCGGUCUCACUCUCACGAAACCUUCAACACGGCUUUCACCACCCUUGCCGCUUGUGUGGCCAGCAUUAUCUUGGUCCUCCUUUACCUCUACCUGACGCCGUGCCCUUGUCGGUGCAGGUCCAAGAGAAGAAAAAGGCAGCCAAGCCAAAGUAACCCUCAUGCCUCCAUAUUGACCUCAAAUUCUCCCCUGGACCUUCCAGCUGAUGAGAAAAAGGCCAGUAGCGGCAAGAGGGUGGUGUUCCUUGAGCCCGUGAAGGAGCCAAAGCCGGGACAGAAUGGGAAAGUAAGGAUGUUUCCCGGUGAGAACCUCAUUGCGGAAAGUAUCCUAAAAUCUCCCCGAACGAAAUCAGACUCCGAUUCCAUGAACUCGGUGUUUUCGGACACGCCUUUCAUGCCGUCCUCUUAGCUUCCUGCCUGCAUUCGCAUUGUAUGGCUAACUCUUUCAACAGCUAGCUGUCCUGCCUCCAGCCAACCUUAAAAGAAUUGGGGGAACUCUUUCAAACCAAAAGAAAUUAUGAGGUCGUUCUGAUAGGUGGUGGUUACAUGCCCUUCAUUCUGUAAACCUGGACCAGUGCUGGGGAGGAACACUUUGCUAGAUGGCUUUUGCAGCUCUCUGCUUUGAAGAGGCCACAUCAUGGCAGAUGCCGCUGCUGUUUCAAUUUCUGUGCUUAUAGGCAUGUGAGUGCCGUUCAACGAGUGGCGUUUGUGCACCGCUCCCAUUCACUUCAGUGAAGCUUGUAUUGGAGAGCUUCCCAGCAGAUUAGAUUCUUGGCUGCCUACCUGUAUAGAAUUUGUGUAAUUGGUAAUUAUCAGGGAUCAGAACCGCAAUCAAUAUGGCUCCUAGAGCUUAGAUUGAUAGGGAAAGAAGAGAAAUAGCCAUUUACUAAACUUCUGGUUUCUGCCUUUAGGCGCUGAGCACAUAACAGAAACAAAGGAAGUGCUACAACGGAAAUAUUUCAAAAUGGGCUUUUGCGUAAAUUAUGACCUGAGCUUUGUGAUCUCCUUCUGAAUAGUAGAGAUUCAAUAGCCAGUAACCGAAUGUAUGAUUAUGUGGUAUAAAUAAACUUUCACUAUAUGAAAACUUUGACAGAAAA